GGGUUUGGGGAGCGAAAGGAAGAGAAGCGAGGAGUGGACAGAAGAGGAGACAUGCUUCGCUACGGUUCAGGACAAAGUGUUUCCACCACCACUACAACAGAGGACUCUUCAGACUUCCCAAGUGAGAGGGGGAUCCGACGCCUCAGGUUAACUCUACGUCCAGAAGAUAAUGGACACAAGGACAAACAAACCACAAACUCAGACACAGUGAGUUGUUCUGAGAAAGAGAAGGAUGUGGUAUGGAAGAAGAAGAAGAAUGGGCUGAUCCAAAGAGAGAGGCCUGCUGGCAGGGAGUCCCCUCAGCAGCACCCCAGAGACAUGACCAAUGGGGCUCCAGAGACUGCGCAUGAGAAUCAUGGGCCCAAAGUGUACGGCGUGGUGCAGAGCAUGGGUUCGGACAGACAGCAGGAGGUGAUGGCGCGAGAGUGGACAUCCAAUCAACUUCAGGAUGAGAUGAAGUACAUCAGGGAGGUGAGAAAUUCGUUGGAGAAGGUGAGAGAGCGGAUGUAUGGCCAGUUCGGAGGAAUGCAGCAAUCAAUGCAAAAGCUUUCACAGGAAAUCAAGUCUGCAAAUUCCCAUCGGAGGAGUCUAGAGUCAGAGGUGAGGAUCCGGACGACAGCCAUGGACAGCUUCGAUGAGAUGAACAGCUCCCUCAUAUCCGCUAACAUUGGCCUGCAGAAAUCUCUUCUAGAAAACUGUCAGAACAGAGUGGACACGAGAGACGAGGUGAAGAAUUUGCGAAGCACCUGUAACAAAACACAAGAACAAUUAAGACAAAAGGAGAAAGAGCUGGAAGCCACGCAGAUUGAAAAUCAGACUCUGAAACUGCAGGUGGAGUCUGCGCGGGAGGCCAACAGUCAGGCGCUGCAGGAGCUUUCAGCAAAGCUGCAGCAGGAGUACGAGGAAAAGCUGCAGCAGGAGCAACGGAAACACAGGGAGGAGGUUGAACACCUACAGGCCCAACUGGAUGAGUACAUCAGGCGGCUGGAGGAAGCGGAAACAAACAUCAGAAUUGCAGAGGCCAAGAUUGCUGAGAGGGACCAGAGGAUCGUUGAGGUGGAGCGCCUACUGGGCUGUAUGGGAAAGGAAAAGAGUCAACUCUACGAGAAGCUACAGAAACUUGAACAACGUCUCCGCUUGAUGGAGCAGAGGGACACAACUGAUGCAACCAACGUCAAAAGGUCCAACGAGCUGAAAUCUGAAUCCGUGGAUCUCCGUGAAAGAAUCAAACACUUGAACGACAUGGUGUUCUGCCAGCAGAGGAAAGUCAAAGGAAUGAUUGAGGAGGUUCAAACGCUGCGAUCUCAAGUUGCUCAGAAGGACAUGUUCAUCUCAGAGCUUCUGGACAGAAUCGCAAUAGUAGAGUGUGAGAAUAAUGAAUUAGAAGACAAGCUGAAGUAUUUUAUGUCCACACAGAACAGCACACGAGAGGUUUUGGAAACCAGUGAGAUAGGAGUAGGCUGCGAUGUGCUUCCCAGACAUGAAGCAAAAGGGCAUGAUGUUGAACCUCCUGUUCCCUAUCAACCAACUCAUCUCCAUUCCAUCCAAAAUCCUCCACCUGUUCAACUACCACCAUCAAUUAAAUCUCCACCACCCCCUCUACCUUCAUCAGCGACUCCACCUGAAUCACCCCCUCUACCCUCAUUCCAAACUCAACCUCUCACUCCGAUGCAACCUUCAUCCCCAACACAACCUGCAUCACCCCCUCUACCUUCAUCCCAAACACAACCUCUCACUCCGAUGCAACCUUCAUCCCCAACACAACCUGCAUCACCCCCUCUACCUUCAUCCCAAACACAACCUCUCACUCCGAUGCAACCUUCAUCCCCAACACAACCUGCAUCACCCCCUCUACCUUCAUCCCAAACACAACCUCUCACUCCGAUGCAACCUUCAUCCCCAACACAACCUGCAUCACCCCCUCUACCUUCAUCCCAAACACAACCUCUAUCCCCCAAUCUACCUUCUCCCACUGCUACAGCUGAAUCACCCAUUCUUCCUCCAUCUCCAACACAACCUUCAUACCCCACUUAUCUUUCAUCCCCUACAUCUCGCCAGGAAAACCCAUACUACUUCCUAACAAAGCCUACCCAAACAAGGACAUUCACGUCAAAUAAUCUUCCGCCAAGCAGGCUGGAGUCUAGUUUACUAAGGUACACUCCCGGCCAGUACAGCCGCUUCCUGCAGCAGAGCUCCUCAGUGCCAGGUGGGUUGUACCCCUACACCCGCCCGUCCGAUCCUGAGCCCCCUGUGAGUCCAGUGCAGUCUGCCAGCGAUGAGUUGGACACAGAAACCAACACAGACACACACUCACGUCAUCAGGAGUCCUCUCUGCUCUCUUUUCAACCGAGAUCAAGAGCCCCUCAAGUUGAAACACCAUUCAUGAAACUUCUGCAAACAACAAAAAAGAUAAACAUAGAACAGGUGCACCCCUCUCUCCCGGACGGGGGAGGCGCUAGAGCUCAACCUGACCUGCUGGAUCUCCACACACGAAGAAGAAGAAUCCCACUUCGCAGUGUUGUCGUCUCCAAUGUUGAAGAAGUGAACCCUAACCCGCCUUCAGAGUUCUCUGACGGGCGCCAGGGACAGGUGGGACACCUGAGGACCCAGACCAAAGAUGAGCUCCAAGAACUGAUCCUGCGACAGGAGAAGCUGCUCUCUAACAAGCGGUUUUUACAGAGUCUUCCAGACAAAGGCAAAAAAAUAAAAGAAUUUGCAGAGAAAUUGCGCCAUGCCAUUGAUGACCACAAUGAAGAGGAGAGUUUUGACAGGACGGAGUUACAGACUAAAUAUCAGCAGGCUUUCCUUUUGCAACAACGGGCCAUCCCUAACUCACCAGCAGCCUCACAUCAAAACAGGCAAAAUGAGGCUGGUGUAGAGGAUGUGGUACCUGUCUCGGCUCAUAUGCUGGAGAAUACUUUGGAUGAGCAACGGGACCAGACGGUCUCCAUCGCAGCUGCUGGUGAAACCAUAGAGAUGGCCGCUGCUGGGGCCUCUUUGAACUCCGAUGAGACAAAAGAGGAUGACCUUGCGGAGGCCUUGGGCAGGGUCAAACUGUCUGAAACUAGUUCUGGUUUCACUACCGAGUCCAAAAACCCAUUGAACAGCACAGCGAGAGACAAUUACUUUCUCGUAAAGGAAGGACCCCAAACGCCCCACUACGUUACCGUCCUGGAAAGAACGGAGAAGACUUCAGCCCUCAGGAAGCUAAAAUUCAAACCAAAUCAGCUGCCUCACAGAAGUGACGUCUCUCCCUCAGGAUCCUCGUCACCCAGCCGGUCUUCUGAAGGUUCAUCGCCUCUGUCUGCACAGGCCAGGAAGGAGCGGGACAGAAAACACCUGGAUGACAUCACUGCAGCCAAUCCCCCUCCUCUCCACCACAGUCCGGCCCAGCUUCUGUCCCUGGAAGAGUCGGCCGACCUCCUGAAGGAACAAUUCAAAAAGGAACAUGAGUUGCAGGCCAAGCUGGCAGCCCAGAAACUGUCUGAGGGAUUGAAGAUCUCUAUGGGGGGCUACACUCCUGACAGUGGCCCGAUGGCUGCCUACAGAGAGGUUCACGAUGAAGGAGCCCUGCUCUCCUCAGAGGAGGACUGAUCCUGGAGGGCCGGAGCUGAGGAAACCAGUUCGGCCACGAGAGAAACAGGCUUUGGACCUCGCAAUCCGGGGUCCAUCAAACAGGAUUUUAACUCCAAGGACAAGAACUCUUGAGAGAGCACCGUAUAAAGACACAGUUUGUAUCCCAGACUCAGGAAAUUGAAUGGCGGUUUGAGAAAAUAGCUUUCUCAAUUGUCAUUCAGAUGGUAUUGGGUUUGGUUGUUUCAGUGUUCUGCUGGAAUGAUCUCACCUGCUGUUGACUAGGAGUCUUGAACCUACAUUUAAAGCAGGUAUCAUGAGGAUAAUGUUUCUUUCUACUGAAACCAAUCAUUUUUGGCCUGAGACGGGUGACUAUUAUAAUGUGUUCAUGAUAAAAUGGCCUUAUAUACAUCAGCUCAGGCAUCAGCUAUUGCCUGAAGAUUGUUGCGUCAGAUUAAAUAAUUAAAUCAUCUAUCAAAUGUAUCUGAUUUCCCAAACGGUUGUGUACAGCCAAACUACAAUCCAUUUUCUUUCUCAGAAUUAUAGACACUCUCAUCUGCCUUUUUGGAUCAGGCGCCUGUUAAAAUGAAACUGCCUACUGAUGAAAGUAUUGUUUCCUUGUCUGAGGAGUUAAGCUGAACGAUUUGUGGGUUUUUAUAUUCAUUCAUUUGCCACCAUCAUUCUGAUAAUGUGCAUCACAAAUUAAAAUUAUUACUGCGUCGUAUUCAAAGGGCUUAACGUAACUGUAAGAUCUAUCAUAAUUUGCAUUAUUGGCCACUGAAAAGGAUCAAGAGUGUCAUCUAAGACGGAUGAGUUCUGUGCUUUUUGACUCAUCUGAAUGAGGAAAUAUGAAGUAAAUUUAUGUGAAAAUUGUACCUCCUUUAUUAUUCGCUUUCUUCAAACUGAAUAUAUUUAAAACAAGUGUUGACAUUUGGGAUAUUUUGCACAUUCAAAAAAAUUUUCCGAUGCAGGUUAUGUACUCUUAAGAUUUACUAUCUGUGAGCAAUAAAUAAUGUAAACUA